ACACGCGGAAGUAUGACGCUGUAUACUGUUGCUUUUAUUCUUGCUUUUUUGCAUUUAGCCAAUUUAACACCCUUGUUUUUACCUGAAGAGGAAUAUCACUUCAAACAAUGGAUGUUACAGGUGUUUUUGUUAUUACAGUAUAAUAAAGUCUAUGCUCUGGAGGAGUACCACCAUCGCCUGAACAUCUUCACUGGGCAUAAGAGGAGAAUCCACUAUCAUAAUGCAGGGAAGCACACGUUCUCAAUGGGACUGAAUCAGUUUUCUGACAUGAGCUUUGCAGAGUUUAGGAAGACUUUCCUCCUGACUGAACCUCAGAACUGCUCUGCCACCAAAGGGAGUCACAUCAGCAGCCCUGGGCCAUAUCCUGGUUCUGUGGACUGGAGAGAGAAAGGAAACUAUGUGUCACCUGUCAAAUAUCAGGGUCAUUGUGGAAGCUGCUGGACCUUCUCCACUACCGGCUGUCUUGAGUCUGUUACCGCUAUAGCUACUGGAAAACUCCCACUUCUGUCUGAGCAGCAACUGGUGGACUGUGCUCAAGACUUCAACAAUCAUGGAUGUAUGGGGGGACUCCCAAGCCAGGCGUUUGAGUAUGUUAAAUACAACAACGGACUCAUGACCGAAGAUGACUAUCCUUACACGGGACAUGAUGGCUCUUGCAAUUUCAAGCCCGAGUUGGCAGCUGCCUUCGUGAAAGAUGUUGUCAACAUAACAAGUUAUGACGAAAAGGGCAUGGUUGAUGCUGUGGCCAGACUGAACCCAGUCAGCUUUGGAUAUGAAGUGACUGAUGAUUUCCUCCACUACAAAGAUGGUGUGUACAGCAGCACUACGUGUAAGAAUACUACAGACAAUGUGAACCAUGCUGUACUGGCAGUGGGAUAUGGUGAAAAGAAUAGCACUCCAUAUUGGAUCGUGAAAAACUCCUGGGGCACCAACUGGGGAAUGGAUGGGUAAAUAAAUCAAAAAUAUUCAGUGCUGUUGAACUUCCUUUUUUUUUACUAAUGAUAACUAUAUAGAUGCUUCAUGAACACAGAUCAGCUAUUGAACACCCAGACAUUGUAGGACACGUAUACUGCAA